AUGAUUGAGAAAAGAGAACAAACUGGUAAGUAUGAGAAAAUUUGCAUCAAUGAUGAAACUGGGGUGGCAUUUGCUGUUCGAUGUAACCUAAGUAAAUUGGAGGGCACUUCUGUUGCACAGGAGAGCCAUGAACACAAGGAAACAUGGGAAUACACUAACAAAAGAUCAGAUCCACCUAACACACAGAGAUCUCCUUUGACACAUAACCAUGAAAAGUGGGGGAAAUGUGUAAAAGUCAUCAAUGAAUGGCCAAAAGCUCUUACCCAUUCUAAUGUCCAGAUGAAAGACAGAUCUUAUGAAUGUAAGAAAUACAGUGAACUAUUUAAUCAGUUCUCAGUGUGUACAGACCAUGAGAAAAUCAAUACCAUGGAAAUGUCCAAUACACAUACAGGUGAAAAAUACAGGGAAAGCCCUGAUGAGUCAUCAAACCAAAUUGGAUCUAAUACAAUAUGCACCCAAGAAGAUCCAUGGACAAUCAAGGAAUGUGAUGAAUCAUUUACACCAUGUUUAAAUCUUGUACAACAGCAGAACAUCAGGAAUGAAGAGAAACUUCAUAAAAUAGAAGAUUGUAAAACUUUCAUUAAUAAUUCCUCACAUCAUGAGGUACAUAAGAGUAUCCAUGCAGGAGAGAAACCCUACAAGAAUAAAGAAUGUGGCAAAAACUAUAUUUCUUCCUCAGAACUGCUUUCUCAUCAGAGAAUCCACACGGUAGAGAAACAUUACAAUUCUGAAGAGAAAAAACCAUACAAAUGUAAAGAUUGUGGCAAAGCCUACAUUUGUUCCUCACAGUUAAAUAUUCAUAAGAGAACGCAUACAGGAGAGAAGCCCUACAAAUGUGAAAGUUGUGAAAAGGCUUUUGCUCAUUCCUCAUCUCUUGCUGUGCAUCAGAGAAUCCAUACUGGAGAGAAACCUCACAAAUGUAAUGAGUGUGGCAAAACUUUCAUUCGUUCCUCAGCCUUAAAUGUGCAUAAGAGAAUCCACACUAGAGAGAAACAUUACAAAUGCCAAGUAUGUGAAAAGGCUUUUAUUCAUGCAUCACAGUUUGCUAUUCAUAAGAGAACUCACACUGGAGAGAAACCUUACAAAUGUAAUGAUUGUGGAAAGGCUUUUGCUCGUUCAUCAUAUCUUGCUGUGCAUCAGAGAAUCCAUACUGGAGAGAAACCUCACAAAUGUAGUGAGUGUGGCAAACGUUUCAUUCGUUCCUCAACCUUAAAUGUGCAUCAGAGAAUCCAUACUGGUGAGAAACCUCACAAAUGUAAUGAGUGUGGCAAAGCUUUUAUUUGUUCCUCCAUCUUGAAUGUGCAUAAGAGAAUACAUACAGGGGUGAAAUCCUACAAAUGUGAAAGUUGUGGAAAGGCUUUUUCUAGUUCAUCAUAUCUUGCUGUGCAUCAGAGAAUCCAUACUGGAGAUAAACCCUAUCAUUGUAAAGAUUGUGGGAAAACCUUCAUUGUUUCCUCAGAACUUCAAAGGCAUCAGAGAAUCCACACUGGAGAGAAAUAUUACAAAUGUCAAGAAUGUGGAAAAGCUUUUAAUUAUUCUUCACAGUUUGCUAUUCAUAAGAGAACUCAUACUGGAGAGAAACCUCACAAAUGUAAUGGCUGUGGCAAAGCUUUCGUUUCUUCCUAUAACUUAAGUGUGCAUAAGAGAAUACAUACAGGAGAGAAAUCCUACAAAUGUGAAAGUUGUGGAAAGGCUUUUGCUCAUUCCUCAUCUCUUGCUGUGCAUCAGAGAAUCCACACUAGAGAGAAACAUUACAAAUGA